AACACCUCAUGUAUAUCGCAUGUGUGUACUUUAUUAUUAUAAUAGGGCAGUAACAAUGUGUAACCACAACCUGUUCCAUUCAAUGCACCGCCGCUGUAAAUGGGAACAUUACAAGCGCUUUACCAAUAGUGAUUUGUCUCCAGUCUUUUACAGAGAUUUACUAGGGUGUUUCUCUUUGUUUGUGAGUUAACUGCCGCUACUAAACCUCAAGAUGACGUUCAGAGAUGUAAUACUUUCAAUGCUUGUCGCUGUACUUGCUGCGGGUCUUGUUUUGGUAGAAAGGAAAUUAACUGAUGCAAUCGACGCCUACCGUAGCAACACAGAAACCAACGUACUUUCGGUUUCCGUUAAUAAAGCAUUGACGGAAGCCAUGUUGGAACAAAAUGAAGCACGCAAGUCUGACCUUAGCCAACUGAGUAAACUCAAAUCCGAAAUAGAAGAAUUGAAGGAUAUGAAACUCUUACUGGAGGAGAAAAUUCUCAAAGCUGAAGUGGCCACAACAUACGUCCGAUGGGGCCGUAAUGAUUGCUCGGGAAGUGCAACAGAUUUGGUUUACUCAGGUUAUGUUGGUGGAUCCCACUUCACCCAUAAAGGAGCCGCCGUUGAUUACGUCUGUCUUCCUUCUGAUCCCUCCUGGGGACGCCAUGCAAAUAGGCCUCCUGGCUCUGCUGCCUUUAUGUAUGGUGCCGAGUAUGAAGAUACUAUCAUUUACAAUGUGCCAGACAAAAACAGGGAAGUUCCCUGUGCGGUAUGCCGCGCAAAAACCCGAUCUUCUUUAAUCAUGAUCCCCGCGCGAACCACGUGCUAUACCGGGUGGGAGAAGGCAUACCUCGGUUACUUAUCAGCCGGUUAUCAUGACCACCAUGCUGCUACCCAAUAUGUGUGUGUAGACGAAGAUCCACAAACUGUUGUUGGUGGUGGAAAUAACAAUGAUAACGGGAAUACUCUUCUAUCCUGUGCGAACAAGAUGUGGCUCUUUAAAAUGCCCCCCUUACGAAAAUGACAAAGUUCUAUCAUGUAUCGUUUGUAUGAAGUAGACACGUCCAAUAAACGAGGUUGGCUGGCCCUAAGUCAU